AUGAUUUCAGUUUACACUAUACAUGUUGUUAUAAAGCUAUUUCUUUUUUUCAGAACUAUGGAUUGGAAAAAGCGGAAAUUUCCGCUUAAACUGCAAGUGGAUGAUAUUGAAGAAGCUUUGAAGGAGAGAAAAUUUUUAGUGGUUUCAUUCUUUGGGAAAACUGCUUAUUCAGCCAGAUCAAAUAAAGGUCUGUACAUUGAUGAAUGUACGGGAGGAUCAGAUUACUCCAGUAGUGAAGGAUCGGAUAGAUCUGAGAUUGAGAUGACAGUAGACAAGGAUAGAGAUGUGGUGUUCCUGCACAUGCGCAGCUGCAUGGACGCAUUCACUAUGGCGGAGAAGUGUAAGAGGUUUGAGGAAGGAUUACUGAGUAAGGGAUUACUAAGCUUCUGGUCUAGUAAACGUUAUGAGUAUGCUAAAGCUCUUCUUUUCCUAUUCCAGGUUUCCCACAUUCUGGUGUGUGUUCAGCCUGGUCAUACUGUGGAUAUAUCCUAUGUCCAUCUGUUCAAGUCCUUGGACAAUCUUCGCAACAAACUUCAGGGUGCAGUGGCAAAACAGAUUCGAGAUAUUCCAGGCUUAAACAGGGAUUGGAUAAAGCAGGGUCGACUUGGUUCUCCAAGGGUCCUUUUUCUCUUCCUCUCCGCACCAAUAUCCCUUAGAGGAACAAGAGGAUUCAGAGAUGACCGGAAAGAUACGAAGCCAAACAAGAAUCCUCCAAUUAAACGUCUUGAAAUCUCUCUUGAGGAUCAGAUCUACAGAAUAUUCAGAAAAUCUAGAAUAAUAACAAACAUUGCGGCAAACUCACUUUUUGCGCUUCCGUCCAACUCUGAGUUUGUGUACGUUGAAACAGGGGAGUCUGGAUGUAAGAUGGACCCCUGUACUGCAAUGAUGAACACCUGCUACUCCUUCAUAAACGGGGAGACUAAGGACCAGUUCAUGUUCUCAGGACCUUUCUACUCCCAGUUUGAGGUUGAAGAAAACCAAAGCCGUCGAGGUUUUGCUAACUUUUUGAACCAGCACAUCAAUCAGGCAUUUCAGAAAGGUUUCUAUGACAACGUGAGUAAGUAUAACUCUGGCGGUGUUCCCAGUCUUUGGGAGAUUCCCACGCUCUCACAUUGGAUCCAGGUGGCUGAUUGUCUCUUUAAGUUUUUUACCGAAACUUUAACUUCUGCAGAAGGAUUUGAUAAUUCCCACGCCAUGUGUGAUCUUCGUGAUGAUUUGGAGAUAGAAACCAUUUUCUCAGAACUCAGGUGUAAGAAAAUUCUACCUCAGGCUGUAUCUGUUUAUGAAGAGGGUUUACCUCCUUUCUUCAAUGCAGAAUAUCAUAACGCUAAACUUCUACAAGCACUCUCUGUAUUUAGUAUGCAGGCGAGGGGCCCUGCGGCGGAGAGGUUUGGUGAGAAACUAGCGGCGGAGUGUACUGAUAUUUGGCGGAAUGGGCGAAUGAGGUGUGAAGAGAUCAGUCUGACCGGAAACCUCUGCUCUAACAGGAAACAUGUUCUUCCUGGACAGGAACCACUACAGGUUUUGUUCAGUUUGAGGAACUAUGAUUUUCAGGAUUUGGAACACAUUCCUUUCCCUGUCUUUUCUAGUCAUAUUUCAUCAGAGUUACUUGAAACCACACACAUGGUUGAUGACACAAAGCAUGCUGAUGAUCUUUACCAUAGAGAUGAGGUUUUAAGUCAAGGCAAGGAAAACUCCGACGUGAUGGAAACUGCAAAAUUACUUAAGGCAUUCAAGCUUGGGCAAAGUAAGUUCGAGCUGGAUCAAAAGGAGGAUAAACUGGUGGAGGUUGAAGAGCAGGAGAAGGUUCAUGAAAAGGAUCAGGAGUUGGGGGAUGUUAAUGAGCUGCCAAUUGAAGGUGCUCCAAAAUCUAAUUUUACUGAUAACAAAUCUUCUGCAUUAGAUUCUGAAAUUAAAGAUUCUAUAAAUGAAUCUGCUUCUGGUGAUACAUUUGACGUAUCUGGUGUUGGAAGUGUCGAAGUUGUUGAUGAUGUUGAUGAUGUUGCUGAUGAAGGCCUGGAGGGUUCUGAACCAGGACUCACAAACCCUGCUCUUAGUUCUCUAAUGGAAGGAGAGACAAGUUCUCGAUCUUCAUGUACUCCAACUAUACAAGAUGAAACUGAUUUUAUCCUUGAGGUUCUAGAGAACAUACAUAUAGAUGGAGCUCAGACAAAUCAAACAGCCAAGGUUGAGAGUCUUCUAAGCAGGAGCAGUACUCAGUUUUUAACUCACAUGAAAACUUUGACAUCUAAUCCAGGCUUGAAACCUGAGUUUAGCUCCUGGAGUUUAAUCCUGAUGGGAUCUAGUCACUCCUACUCCCACUCUGCUGGGUUGGGAGCAAUGCCAGGGUUCAUGUCUAGCUCCAAGUUCCUUCUGCCCUGGGAGGUCCCACUCACAAAGGCAACUGAGGAAGAGCUGGCCAGUAAGUGGAGUCAUGUACUUGAGUAUGCUGCUAGGAGAGCAACUCUGCUCAAUGACGAACAGAAGGAAAAGAUCACGGUUAAGGUCUUUCUAGGGUUUGAAUACGAAUGUCCUAGAGGGCAUAGGUUUAUGGUAUCUGCUCCUGAUAAACCAAUGAAGAGCUCCAGUACGCUACGCGAAGCUGCUCAGCGUCUUGUUACUAGUGAUAUGCCCCUGUACAUGGCUUGUCCUUGCAGGGCUAAGUCUCCACCAGUUGCCCAACUUAUGAGGAUUCAUAUUGUUACUCCAAAAGCUCCUGUUUAUAUAACCCUGUUCCCUCAGGUUCAGCCUGUAGCUGGAGGACCUGUAUUUGUAUCUGGUUGGGAUACCCCUACUAGGUUAAGUAUUGGAAGCUACUGGGUGCUGCGUUUACCCUAUGUGUACUGGGGAGAAGGUGGAGCCCAUCUUCCUCCUCUCAUCCCUCCACCUCGAGACCAACCUUACGGAGUACUCAUCAAAGGUUGUAUUUCCGUGGAUGAAAAUUUUACUGACAGUUGAAAGAAUUGUAUCAGCUCCCGCAAAUAUUAUUUAAAUCUGAUUAAAUGGACGUAGUUUGAUCAACUACAAUCAGAUGAACAAACAAAAGAUGGAGAAUCAACAGAACCUCACGGGAUAUUUUUGUUGGUUUGUGUUGAUGUGAAACUGCAGAUGUAAUCACCUUCAUUCUAUUCUUUUCA